UUCAUCCGAAGAAAAGCCACAGCUUGGCCAGCACUUGCAUCCCACAGUCAGGUCUGCGGCUGAGCUUUACACCAACCCUACUGUAGGUGAGACGGGUGCUGAUCAGCCCUUUUACUACAGCUAACUGAUCUCCUGCUUCACAAACGGUCCUAGCCUAAGUUAAUUUGACUUUUAAAUCUAGAAAUAUAAAUUUCUGUCUGAGCCUUUAUUUUUCUUACUAGAGCUGAAGUCUGCGGUGGCCUAGUCCAAGUCCAAGUUUUGUGGUGGAAUAUUAACUUUAAUUCGGCUUCAAGAGGGUAGCUUCCACAUGAUCGAGGUUUUACAGCCGUAGCCUCAGAGAGCAGAGUGGGACGGACUUGGAGACCAGUCAGGAGCUCCCGAUGCGCCAGUAAACAUCCAAAAUCUCACCAGCAAAGAAAACAAAAUGACCAAGAAACUAUGUGGGACCAAUUACCCAGCCAGCAUCUGCUUCAUUGUGGUGAACGAGUUCUGCGAACGCUUCUCCUACUAUGGCAUGAAAGCGGUGCUCACGCUCUACUUCCUCACCUACCUUCGCUGGGACAAGGACCUCUCCACCGCUGUCUACCACGCCUUCAGCAGCCUCUGCUACUUCACACCUAUACUGGGAGCUCUUAUUGCUGACUCAUGGCUCGGAAAAUUUAAGACCAUCAUCUACCUGUCCAUUGUCUACGUGAUCGGCCAUGUGGUCAAGUCGGUUGGAGCCAUUCCCACUGUGGGAAACAGCAGCAUGCACAUUGCUCUAUCCAUGGUAGGUCUAAUACUCAUAGCCUUCGGCACCGGAGGAAUCAAACCCUGCGUGGCGGCAUUUGGCGGAGAUCAGUUUGACGAGGAGCAUGGCAGCGAGAGGCAGAAAUUCUUCUCCAUUUUCUACAUGUCAAUCAAUGCUGGGAGCCUCUUGUCGACUGUGAUUACACCCAUACUGAGAGGGGAUGUGCAGUGUUUUGGUAGUGACUGCUAUGCUCUGGCCUUCGGGGUUCCUGCAGUUCUGAUGAUUGUGGCUUUAGUUGUUUUCACUGCUGGCAGCGUGCUGUACAAGAGGAAUCCUCAGGGAAACAUCCUGUUGGAAGUCUGCAAUUGCAUUGGGGUGAUUUGCCAUCAAAACCGCUGGGGGAGAUGGAAGUAUGACCCUCAGAGGAAACACUGGUUGGACUGGGCUGAGGAGAAUUACUCGAAGCGUCUGAUCGAGGAGAUUAAGAUGGUGCUGCGUGUUUUGGUGCUCUACAUCCCGCUGCCAAUGUUCUGGGCUCUGUUUGAUCAGCAGGGUUCCCGCUGGACACUUCAAGCCACAAGGAUGAACAUGGCUUUUGGAGAUGUCUUCGUCAUUAAACCUGACCCAAAUGCA